GAGAUAACCGUGGAAAAGAUGCCUGGUGAAUCCUUGGGUAUGACAGUAGCAGGUGGAGUGGCAAGUCAACGCGGUGACACCCCUGUCUACAUCACCAACCUCGUCCCAACUGGGGUCCUCGGUCGUGCCGGUCAACUCGCAAAGGGAGAUGUUCUUUUGGCAGUCAACGAAAUUGAACUCUUAGGUCUCUCUCACGAAAAGGCUGUUGAAGCGCUCAAAGCUACAAGGAAGACAUGUUCCAAGGUGACCAUUCGAGUUUUGGAGGGUCCCGAAACCGGUUCUGGGCGAGAGAACUUCCUACCAAGUUGGCUGUACUGGCUUCAAUUGCCCCGCUACUGUCAAAUCCCUCGUAUCAUUAUCCUCCCUCGAACUGCUAAUGGAAGCCUCGGCUUCAGCAUUGUUGGCGGAAAUACAGCCGCUGUUAGUGAUGGUUCUGGUGCCUCACCGCUUGCUGCCUUUUCACGAGACACUUUUAAACUAUAA